UGCAGCCCCACUAGUGUGGACUGUGGAUAUCUUUCUGCUUACUGCCUUCGAGCCAGGACCCAGCGAGAGUGUGUGUGUGUGAGAGAGAGGGGAGAGGGCAAGAGAGCGACAGAGAGAGCGAGAAGGAGCGAGAGAGAGGAGUGGUGGAGGGAUUACAGUUUGGUUUCUUAUAACUGGAAAAUUACCAAAGGAGAGAACGCACCGAGUGAACGAAGGCAUCAACGUAUUUCAACGUUCGUUCGCUUCAAACGGAUUCAAGCCAGAAUGGAGCUACCUGCCGCGGGAGAGCACGUCUUUGCGGUGGAGGGUAUCGAAAAGAAGCGCAUUCGGAAGGGCAAAAUAGAAUACCUGGUAAAGUGGAGAGGGUGGUCUCCAAAAUACAACACAUGGGAACCCGAGGAAAACAUCCUUGACCCGCGCCUUCUCGUGGCGUUCCAAAACAGAGAGAGACAGGAACAGUUGAUGGGAUAUCGUAAACGUGGACCAAAACCAAAACAUCUCUUAGUCCAGCUUCCCUCGUUUGCACGGAGAUCCAGCAUCCCUGCUGGAUUUGAGGAGACGUCUCCGGAGGCCGAGAACCACCUCAGGUCAGACCCGAUCCAGAUGCACCGCUCCCAGCCCCAACAGUACCAGCUGAACAGCAAGAAGCACCACCAGUACCAGCCCAGCAAACAGGAAGUCUCAGCGGACCAGCUAGGCAACGGGAAGAAGAAGUUAUUCUAUCAGCUCAACAGCAAGAAACACCACCACUACCAGCCUGACCCUAAUAUGUACAACACCCAGUCCACCAGGCCCAAAGACAUGGUCAAAGGUCAGGAACCCAGUCCGCCCACCAAUCCCAACCCUGGGUGGAACCUGCCGCCGGCACUGCAGCAGAAAUGGGUUCGCGACAAAAACACGGGCUGCCUGAGCAAAGUCAAAGACGUGACGGUGGUGGAGAUGAAGAAAGCAGUGGUGCGUGUCAACGAGGCUGAGAGCGAAUGCGCCCUGAAGCCCAGCCCAAAGGAGGCAGCCCUUCCCAGUGCUGUCAGCAGCAAGAUGAAGAUCAUCAAGAACAAGAACAAGAAUGGACGCAUUGUCAUCGUCAUGAGCAAGUACAUGGACGGCAACAAGGCUGGGGCGGCCAAGGGUAAACACUCUUCAGACUUGACUGGAGAAGAGAAACCUCAACACGCUGAGCAGUCAGACAUGUCCAAGGUACAGGGAACCACCAAUGUCCCUAAAGAGAUCUGUAAUGCCAGUUCCAUGCCGGCCGCUGAGCAUCCCAAGAAACACUCUCCAGAAGACGGACAUUUCUCCAAACCAUCGCCCAGCACGGCUGAGGAAUACAACACAGAGGUUGCGAGGGGCCAGGCGGACUUACCGGAUGAUCACCCCCUACAGCUAACCACCAACCCAACCCCUUCCCCCUGGGCGAUGGAUACUAGCCUCCCCACCCCUAGCCCUAUGGACCAGAUCCGGACACUCCCCACCACAAAUAACGACCGCAAACGCAAGCUCUCCCACCCCGAGGAGGACAGGGGCGCGUGUAAAAAGUUUCUGAGCUCCAGGAGCAUCAGUGUCCCCAGUGCUGUGCCCACUCCGCCCCAGGACAAACCCAUGGACCUCCACCUCAUUGUCCCCCGCCGGAGCAGCAGUAGCGGGUAUGGGUAUGAGAUUACGGACACCAGCACCAGUCAGGAAGAACCUAUGGAUCUUAGCUGUUCUAGAACCAGAAAGCAACCUGAACCUGAGCCAGUGCCAGAGCCAGAACCGGAGCAUAAGGAUCCAACUGCAGUGGUACAGGAGUCAGAGACAACAACAACGACAACAACAACAGCAACAACAACAACAGAGGAGACUAAAGAAGAGUCUGUCUUAAUGUUAUCUCCUUUUAUGGGCAACAUUGUCAUCACUGACAUCACCACGAACUGUCUCACAGUCACUUUUAAGGAAUACGUUUCUGUUUAACAGUCCCUGGACCAAUCGAAACAGAGGACUACUGAUUUGACGGCCUUAUCAAUAUGUGUAUAUGUAAAAAGAAACGUGAAGAUUUGUACAUAUGGAGAUUUAUAAUUUAUAAUUCAAAAUCAAUACAUUUCUUAUGAUGUUUUAUACUUCAACUCUUCGGUAAUGUGGUUGCCAAGAAAGUGCCCUCAUGGAUUUCAGUGACUGCAUUCAGGUGGAUGUUAAUUACUAGUGAAAUGUCCAUUAUGAAAUAUCAAGUCAUAUAGAAUAGCUUUUGCUGUUGUGGCUUGAUGGUAUAUACCAAACAUAUACAAUCUUAGAAAAAAGGGUUUGAAAAGUUUUUUUUGUCUGUCCCCAUAUGAGAACCCUUUCUGGUUCCAAGUAGAACCCUUUUGUGUUCCAUGUAGAACCCUCUGUGGAAAGGGUUCUACAUUGAACACAAAAGGGUUCUACCUGGAACCAAAAGGGUUCUACCUAGUACCGAAAAGAGUCCUACAAAGGGUUCUCCUAUGUAGACAGCCGAAUGACCCUUUUAGGUUCUAGAUAGCACCUUUUUUUCCUAAGAGUUUAGCCUGAGAUGUAAGCCGUUUUAUACAUACAGUAUGUUCUACUUAAUAAUGGCGGUUAUUUUGGUCCAUAAGUAGAUGAUGUUGAGUAACUAUGGUGAUCAAAGAUCCGUUUAAAAGCACUUCAUUGCAUUCACCUAUGUGUGUAUAUUCAUUUGUACUAUGUACUGUAUAUGUAUUCUCCAUAUGAUUUAUACGUAUUUCCAUUGCUUUACAAUCCCCUCCGGCCAGGUGUGCUCAGUCUGAGGCUACUGUGUCAUAUUUCACGUUGGUGACUUUUGUUAUUGUUUGUGAGUGCAGGAGAAAUGAAUGGAAGAAGAAAUGCAAAUAUCAAUGUUGGGUGUGCCGGGCACCCACAGCAACAUCAUACAGACCCCGUUUCACCGAGGGGUGUACUCUGACAUGAGAUUGAAGCGAACUUCCGACAAAUCCUCCAAUGCUCUCGUUUGAAAACUAGAGUUACACACAUAUAUUUCAACUAACUGAACACCGGUUUCAGCAAACCCUGUCAAUCUUAGCCAUGAGCUGCUACAUUGCAUGUUUUCCUUUUGAGGAAACAAAGUGUAUAAUAGAACUUGCACGGUGGCAGGAAGGCAAACCAUUUAAGAAAUUAGCUCUCAGAGCUGAGUCAUUUUUCCUUUAAGAUAAAUUCUGAUUAAUUGACUUGUGACCCUAAUUAGGUUGAUGCAUUGCAUUGGUGAAGACCCCACAGAUGGUCUACUAAGCCCAUACAGCAGGUCUAUGUAGGACUAUUUGUGGCAGGUCUAUGCAGAACUAUUUGUGGCAGGUCUAUGUAGGACUAUUUUUGCAUUUAAGUUGACCUUAUGACAGGGUGACAUUUUUCUCCAGAGGAGGCUGGUAGGAAAGGCUUAUCGUAAUGGCUGGAGUGGAAUAAAUGGAUUGGAGUCAAACAUAUCAAACAUAUGGAAACCACAUGUUUGACUCCGUUCCAUUAAUUCCAUCUCAUCCAUUAUAAUGACUGUCCUCCUAUAGCUCCUCCCACCAGCCUCCUCUGCAUUUCACACAUACAGUAGGGGCAUUCAUCUUAACUUGAAAUUGACGCUUGCUUUACAAAGGCCUGAUAGAUUGACAUGUAUAACUUCUUUGUCUUUAGCUUAUCGAAGCUACCUGGGUUACAAGUCAUAGAUGUGUAUUUUCAGUGUUUCCUAACACCCAUCUCUGUGCAAAAUAUAAAAGCUAAUUGUGAGUCGCUUAUGUUUAGAGGCUGAUAUUUUGAUCCUAACACACAUGAUCCAAUGAGCACAAGCUCUUUUGAUAUUGCUGCUAAAGUGUAUGUUAGAGUUGUUUCUUCUGUCGUUGAAACCUUGUUGGAUGUAACCUACAUUACAGUCUAAAUUGCCUUCGAUGCACACUGAAUGCAAAGCAAGAAAGAAAAUGACAGAUUAUGGAUUUACAUAUGAUUGUUAUGAUGAUAAUGAUUAAAUAGAUAUUAUUUAUUAUCAUUAUUAUUUUGCUGUCCAAAACUAAGCUCACUUAGAUGCCCUCUGCAUUAGAGGUGGAACAUCUUAUACCUGUCUGUACAACAUUUAGCACAACUUUGUAACAUUUUGAAUCCUUUUGGUUACCAUUGAUUUGUUGGAGCCAGGUUACAUUUCCCUGCACUUGUUGGUUCAAAGGCAAAAUAAUUGUUUUAAGGUGUGUUCCGAUGGGGAGGGGCUGGAAUUAGUACUGUUGGCACAGCUAUGGUAUGUUUUACAAUAAAGCAAGAGAACUGACCUUU